AUGCUUAAAAGGGUAUGUCCAGUUCAAAAAUGCUUGCCCGAGAACUAUUACCAAGCAACACAGUUGGUAUCUAAGUUAGGGCUAAAGGUUGAGAAGAUUGAUUGCUGUAAGAAUGGUUGUAUGUUAUAUUACAAGGAUGAUAGCAAGCUAUCAAAGUGCAAAUUUUGUAAUGCUCCUAGGUUCAUUCCUCGCAAGACUGGCAUGGGAAAGUACAAAGAUAUCCCAGUGAAGAGAAUGUUCUACUUCCUAAUCAUUCCCAAAUUACAAAGAUUGUAUACAUCAACUGAGUCGGCAACUGAAAUGAGAUGGCAUCACAUGAACAAAAAUAGUUCCAACAUCCUUCGCCACCCGUCAGAUGGAAAAGCAUGGAAACAUUUUGAUAGUGUAUAUCCUGACUUUUCUAGGGAACCCAGAAAUGUAAGGUUGGGUCUGUGUUCAGAUGGUUUUACUCCUUACAUUCAAGCGUCUGCUUCUCCAUGCUCAUGUUGGCCAAUAAUAGUUACUCCGUAUAAUCUCCCCCCUGAAAUGUGCAUGACCAAACCAUACUUGUUUUUGGCAUGUCUCAUACCCGGACCUAAAAACCCUAAAUUAAAGAUAGAUGUCUACUUGCAACCAUUGAUUGAUGAUCUACAUCGAUUGUGGUCCAAUGGAAUAUUGACCUAUGAUAUAUCUACAAAACAAAACUUCAUCAUGAAAGCCUGCUUGAUGUGGACAAUUAAUGAUUUUCUAGCCUAUGGUAUGUUAUCUGGAUGGGGAACACAAGGUAAAUUGGCAUGCCCUCAUUGUAUGGAACACACUGAUGCUUUCACCUUGAAAAGUGGCCAUAAGAAUUCCUGGUUUGACUGUCAUUGUCGUUUCUUGCCAUCUAAUAACUCCUUCAGAAGGAGUAAAAGAAGUUUCCUAAAAAAUAGGGUUGUGACCAAUGAGCCACCUCCCAUUUCCACAGGGAAAGAUAUAUGGGCGGUAAUAAGUAAUUUUCCAAAAGUUACUGAAAUUGGAUGGGAGGCGAAAUGGAAAGAAUUCGAAGGGUAUGGAGUGGAUCACAAUUGGAAAAAGCGAAGUAUUUUUUGGGAUCUCCAAUAUUGGAAGGAUAACUUGUUAAGGCAUAACCUCGAUGUGAUGCACAUAGAAAAAAACGUCUUCGGUAAUAUAUUUAAUACUGUCAUGAAUGUUAAGGACAAAACAAAGGAUAAUGAAAAGGCAAGAGAAGACUUGGCUAAAUUAUGCUUUCGCGGGGACUUGGAGCUCCAACCCUUAGAAAACGGAAAGAAUGGUAAACCAAAGGCUAGUUACACUCUAACCAAAUCUGAAGCCAAGUUGGUUUGUAAAUGGCUUAAGGAAUUGAGAAUGCCAGAUGGCUAUGCUUCAAACCUCAGUAGGUGUGCCAAUGUAGAAAAGGGUACGGUGCAUGGGAUGAAGAGCCAUGAUUGUCAUGUUUUCAUGGAAUGUUUACUCCCAAUUGCAUUCCAUUCAUUGCCAGAUUUGGUUUGGAAACCAUUAGCUGAGCUAAGUCGAUUCUUUAAAGAUCUUUGUUGCAAUACGUUGAGGAUGGACGACUUAGUUAAGUUGGAUGAGAAUAUUCCAAUUAUCAUAUGCAAGUUAGAAAGGAUUUUUCCACCAGGUUUCUUUGACUCAAUGGAGCAUCUUCCAAUCCAUCUUGCCAAAGAAGCAGUUCUAGGUGGUCCAGUAUAA